CUGUUGUUCAAGUCUCAAAUAUCAAUUGUGCCUUCCUCUUCUUCUUUUUUUUUUUUACUUUUUCAGAUUCCAUAACUCUUUUCUUGAAUUUAGAGUCAUCCAAACUGCUUGCUUUUCUUCAUAUUCCCAUAAUUUCCGAUUCUUGAUUUGAUCUUCGUUUAAUUUAAGCAAAACCCUAGUAUUUUCUAGCUGAAUUAUCGGGAAUUUGGGAGGAAUUGAAUCAACAAAAAUUCAAUUGAAGAUCAGUUAGUUAGAGAUGGCAAUAGCUGCACCAGAACAGCUUAAUCUUACGGAAGCUCCAACUUGGGGGUCUAGAACCGUUGAUUGCUUCGAGAAAUUGGAGCAGAUUGGUGAAGGCACUUAUGGUCAAGUGUACAUGGCAAAAGAAAUUAGAACAGGGGAAAUUGUUGCUUUGAAAAAGAUACGCAUGGACAACGAAAGAGAAGGGUUUCCGAUAACUGCUAUACGUGAGAUUAAAAUCUUAAAGAAGCUGCACCAUGAAAAUGUCAUUGACCUGAAAGAGAUUGUAACAUCUCCAGGUCGUGAGAAGGAUGACCAGGGGAGGCCAGAUGGUAACAAGUAUAAAGGUGGAAUCUACAUGGUCUUUGAGUACAUGGACCAUGAUUUGACUGGGCUUGCUGAUCGUCCUGGAAUGAGAUUUUCAGUUCCGCAGAUUAAGUGUUACAUGAGGCAGCUUUUGACGGGACUGCACUAUUGUCAUGUAAAUCAAGUACUUCAUCGUGAUAUUAAAGGUUCCAAUCUUCUGAUUGACAACAAAGGCAAUUUGAAGCUUGCUGAUUUUGGGCUUGCUCGAUCCUUCUCUAAUGAUCACAAUGCAAAUCUUACAAAUCGUGUGAUUACUUUAUGGUACAGACCACCUGAGCUGCUUCUUGGGACCACUAAGUAUGGUCCAGCCGUUGAUAUGUGGUCAGUUGGUUGCAUCUUUGCUGAGCUGCUUCAUGGAAAACCAAUUUUUCCAGGGAAGGAUGAGCCAGAGCAGCUGAACAAGAUUUUUGAGUUGUGUGGCUCUCCUGACGAGGUUAAUUGGCCUGGAGUUUCAAAGAUUCCAUGGUAUAACAAUUUCAAACCAUCAAGGCCAUUGAAAAGACGCCUAAGGGAGGUUUUCAGACACUUUGACCGACAUGCCUUGGAGUUGCUUGACAAGAUGCUCACCCUCGACCCAUCUCAGGUUUUUUCAGAUGUUCAUGUGUCAUGGUGCUUUUUAGGCCAAAGCUGGCAUAGAAUAUCAGCCAAGGAUGCACUUGAUGCUGAAUAUUUCUGGACUGAUCCAUUACCGUGCGAUCCAAAGAGUUUGCCAACCUAUGAAGCUUCACAUGAGUUCCAGACAAAGAAAAAGCGACAGCAGCAGAGGCAGCAUGAGGAAGCAGCUAAACGUCAGAAACUGCAUCACCAGCAGCAGCAUGGUCGGCUUCCACCAGUUCAGCAGUCAGGGCAAGGACAUGGCCAAAUGAGACCAGGGCCAAAUCCCCCAAUGCAUGCAUCCCAUCCUCAGGCUGCUGGCGGACCUAGCCACCACUAUGCAAAGCCACAUGGACCUCCAGCAGGACCUGGCAGAUAUUUAGCUGGUGGAAAUCCUUCUGGAGGAUACGGUCACCCUACUCGUGGCCAAGGUGGAGCUUAUGGCAGUGGUCGAUACCCACCUCAAGGAAGGGGUACCCAAUACAGUUCAGGAGGAAUGCCAGGAGGCAGUGGUCCCCGGGGAGUUGGAGGCCCAAAUUAUCCCCACGGUGCCCCAUAUGGGUCUUCUGGCACUGGACGUGGCUCAAAUGUGAAUCGCAAUCAACAACAAUACAACUGGCAGCAGUAAUAAUUCGUUCCUGCUCUACCAAUAUGGUAAGCAAAACAUGCAAACUAUGUGAAAUACUAAGAAGUGAACUGUAGAUUGGAAUAUCGCGCACUUAUUGAUUUUCUAUUCCACCUCAUGAUGCAUCGCAAAGAAGGGAGGAAGCGUAUGGGAGGGCAUCGAACAAACCUGUUUAUACGGAAGUUGUCACACUGAAGGUUACGUAAAAUAUGUAUCUUGUGUUCUAUGGACAUUGUCUUGUUUUGUCUCCUUCCACGUCCAAUAUUUAUCUGUGAACAGAAUAACCAUAAAUGUAUCCUCCUCAGCUAAGAAGCACUCAUUUCAUCCAUUUCUGGUGAAUGUUCUUUGUUUGUAUACUGAAGUUAACUUUUAUGAAUCGUAAAUUCAGAUCCAAAUGUGUAACAGCUAUUUUUAAUUUUUUUUGUGGCAUUAUGUGUAUUUAUGGGGAUA